CGGCGGCUAUGGGACAGCUAAAACAAAAUAAAAUAAACAUACACAACCGCUUUUUAUUUAUUUAUUUUUUCUCUCGAAGGUUGCAGUCCAUUUCCGCAGGCCAUCUGUUUCAACUGGUUUUUUUCUCGGUCCCAGUUUCUUAGAGUAGGUUGACUGCCGAUGUACGGGAAUUUCUUUGUGCUACUGCAAAACAUUUGUGUUUUCUGGAUUUAAUUUUCAUUUCAGGAAUGAUUAAAGAAAAGACUCUUCGAAUUGGAUUCAUUGGUUGUGGAAAGAUGGCCCAGGCAUUAGCUAAAGGAUUUAUCGCGUCUGGGAUCACACGAUCUGAAAAUAUAAUUGGAAGUUCCCCUAGGAUAGAUUCAAUGUUCAUCGAGGAAUUCUCGGCCAUUGGUUGUUCCACUACACAUGAAAACGCGCAGGUCGUCGAGCAGGCAGAUGUAAUUAUUGUCGCGACAAAGCCUCCUUUGGUUCCAAAAGUGCUCACAGAAAUAAAUCCGGUGGUAAAUAGUGACAAUCUUAUUGUAUCCAUCGCCAUGGGCAUUCCUUUGAUAAAUCUUGAACAGGUGUGUGUAUCCCAAUCGUGGCAUUGCCAAGUUUCUCUAGAUGCUGCCAAGGAAAACAAGAGUCAUCCGUGUAAUGCCAAAUACGCCUUUCGUUCUGGGGCGAGCGUGUUUAGCUGCGGAACGUCUACGAGAUCUGAAGAUGCGACGUUGACCAAGCGCUUAUUCACAGCUGUGGGUCUUUGUGAGGAAGUUCCGGAAGUGCUUAUUGACGCAUGCACAGGCCUUUCUGGAUCAGGCCCAGCCUACAUGUACAUAGCUAUGGAAGCCUUGGCCGACGGAGGCGUAAAAAUGGGAAUUCCUAGGGACCUAGCGUACAAACUCUCAGCACAGACAUUGAUUGGUGCUGCGAAAAUGGUCCUUGAAACCGGGCGCCAUCCUGGUGCAUUGAAAGACGACGUUUGUAGUCCUGCCGGAUCCACUAUUCAAGCGGUUUAUUUCCUGGAAAAAUCUGGAUUUCGCUCAAGUCUGAUGGAGGCAGUCCAAGCCGCAACGCUGAAAUCCAAGCAAACGGGAAGAAAAGAGUAAUGAUGAAUGGACGUCAGAAUCCGAAAAUGAUCAAAUAAACAACUUGUCGUUGUGAAAGUA